CUGGCUUUAGCUGGCUUAGCAUUAGCAACACACAGCUUGGCGGAGGCGCAACAAGCACCUGAACACCGAAAUAAGUACUCUAUCUUGAUCACCCCCCCAACCUCCCCCGUGGAUUUGGCGAAAGUUGUUUAUGGGUUUAUAUAUCUGGACCAAAAAUAGAGCCGACGUAGCCCAAAAUAUAUGGUGAUGGCGUGGUCAUGUGUGCAGCCGGCACUGUGUGUGUGGAGAUGGUUUUAACAGACGGCGUUCUGGAGGACUCAGGAACACUACACUGGCCUGGAGAAGCCUCAUAAACAAAAGCCCACAUACACCACGCACACACCUUGUACACUAGAAGAUUUACACAAACACACGCCACCGCCGUGCCUUGACAAAGGACACACAGGCGCAUGGACACGUAACACAAGCUUCAGCGGAAGUACGCACCCACACCCUCUGUGUGUUAGCCUCCCUACCCUUACAUUAUCUCUGUCCUAGCUCCUCUCCUGUGUGAGAGCUUACAUCGUAUUUCUUCCUGUCCGUCCCAUCUCCACUGCCACCAUGCCAAGCUCCACCAUCCGCCGGCAGAUGAAGAACAUGGUGAACAACUACUCUGAUGCGGAGAAGAAAGUCAGAGAGGCCACCUCCAACGACCCCUGGGGCCCGUCGUCUUCCCUCAUGUCUGAGAUCGCCGACCUGACCUACAACGUGGUGGCCUUCAGCGAGAUCAUGAGCAUGAUCUGGAAACGGCUGAACGACCACGGCAAGAACUGGCGCCACGUCUACAAGGCGCUCACCCUGCUCGACUACCUGAUCAAGACGGGCUCCGAGCGAGUGGCGCUGCAGUGCAAAGAGAACAUCUUCGCCAUCCAGACUCUGAAGGACUUCCAGUACAUUGACAGAGACGGCAAAGACCAGGGCAUCAACGUCAGGGAGAAGAGCAAGCAGCUGGUGGUCCUGCUCAAAGACGAGGACCGCCUCAAAGGAGAGAGGUCUCAAGCGUUGAAGACCAAAGAGCGUAUGGCACAGGUGUCCACAGGGAGCAGUCAGAUGGGUUUUGGCCGAGGCUCAUCACAGCCCAACCUCUCCACUUCCUACAGCGAAGAGUAUGGCAGGUCGGAGGGUUCACCUGCCUCCUACCAUGGCUCGACAUCUCCCAAUGCGGGUUCAGAACUUGAGCAGGCCAGACCUCAGACCAGCGGAGAGGAGGAGCUACAGCUGCAGCUUGCUCUGGCCAUGAGUAGAGAGGCGGCAGAGCAGGAGGAGCGUAUACGCAGAGGGGACGACCUGAGACUACAGAUGGCCUUGGAGGAGAGUAAGAAAGGAGGUCCAGACUCAGUAAAACUGCCCAAGAAAAAGAAAGGGCCACAGUCAUCUUUGAUGGAUCUGAUGGAUGUCCCAGAGCCUGGUGCCACGGCUGACCCCUGGGGCGCCAGGGCCGGAGCCGCGGCUGGGGCAGCUGCUGCAUCAGAAGACCCCUGGCAGCCUUAUGGGUCUGCCCCUAAGCCAGCAGCCCCAUCGGACCCAUGGGGCGCUCCUCCUUCUGUCCCACCCUUGAAGAGCACUGAUCCCUGGGCAUCAAACUCUGCUCCUGCCUCUGAUCCCUGGAGCUCCGCAGCCGCCCGCCCCAAGACUUCAAACGCAGGUAGCUUUGACCUGUUCAGUGCAUCCAACGGUACGUCAAAAGAGGACUUCUCAGAGUUUGACAGCCUGCGCUCCUCCUCCUCUGUCCCCACUGGUGAUGGGGGCAUAGCGUCCUCUAUCCCCUCCCAAGCCAGUCUCGCGAGCAGCGGUAGCCUGGACCUCUUUGACCCCCUGCCCAGCUCCGUGUCUAUUUCGGCCAUCUCAAACCCAACUAGGAAGACUCCAGAGUCCUUCCUGGGUCCCAAUGCUGCCCUGGUCAAUCUGGAUUCUCUGGUGACUAAACCAGCCCAGCCUGCGCCAGUCGUCAACCCAUUCUUAGCUUCAACAGGUGGCUCUGCUCUUGCUCCAGCAUCCCAUGCCAACCCCUUCCAAGUGAGCCAGCCAGCUCCCCCUACUCUCAACCAGAUGCGGGUCAGCCCCAUGCCCGCCGGCUUCGGCGGCAUGCCCGAGCCCAUGGUCCUCUCCUCCAUGCCCGCUCAGCCCAUCAACAUGGUCCCCCUUGCAGGGAUGGCCCCCAUGGGCCGCGUGAUGCCCGGAAUGGGGAUUGGCGCUGUCGGAGGUGUGGGGACGAAUGUGGGGAUUCCGGCCUCCGUGUCCAUGCCCCAGCCCCUGAUGAGCAUGCCGCCCCAGGCCGGGACGCAACCCACCGGAACCACCAACCCCUUCCUUUUGUGAGGGGGCGACUGGGGGACAACUUUCCCCAGACUAACCCCCUCCUUUCUCUCUUCCUCUCUCUUCCACUGUGGCUCCUUAAGAAGCUUCACAACGAACAAGGAGAGGUCUUAUCCCAUUGAUCCCUUUUUUAUAACCAGCUCCUAGCCAGGUCGUAGUCCCAGUCUGGCCUCCACCAACCUUAACUCACACUCUUUUACUCCUUCCUCCUCUCUUCCUCUCAAUGCUACAAGCUGCCUAGACCCGUGUGUCCUAUACUGAUCUGACGAGGAUGUUGGUGACCACAAAGAGUUAGAAUCUGUCUACAGACUUCCAGAGUAGCAGUGGUGUUUACAGUUAGUUUUUUUCCACAGGGGCAGGACAGGACCCAGUCUCUCCUCCCUGUCCUCCUCUCAUUCACUCGCCUCCUCUCCCUUCCCUUACGAUUGCUCCUUUUGUCGUCUUUGGUGGAGUGACAGGAGAGUCUGAUUAUACUAACGCCAGGAUCUUUAUCUCUUCGUUAGAGCUAAUCUUUUAUAAGCCCUGUCAGCUGGUGUGUGUGUUUGUGCGAGUGUGAGAGUGAGUCCGCACAUCUCAGUACUUUUACACUGUGUAUAUUCCAGUGGGUUUUACUUACACCCACUGGAAUAAGGAUGAGAGAUGGUCAGAUGUGUUUAUACUCGUGUGUGUGUGUAUGUGUGUGUUACUAAGCAGGGAUUUUGCACAAUUAUUGUCUCGUUUUUUUCCCCCUUUCUUUCCGCGACUGUUGGGCUCACCGUUAAACCUUAGCUAAGGGAGGGAGGUUAGCCGCUAAUGGGCCUUGACAACACACACUGCCUCGGCUCUCGGUACCACUCGGUCACAACUCUUGUCUGGUCACUUCACAUCAGCUUGGACCUUUUCCCAUUACCCCCUCUCCUUGUGAACUUUGACCUCCAGGGGUCACGGGAUAAACAAUGAACACUCAUCAGUGGAGAUAAACCCCUUGUCCUAAGGGGGUGAAAAGAUGCGCAAACGCAAUUUUAGUGUGUGUGCUCAUGCGCAGGUGUACUGUUAAUGCUCGAAUACUAACAGCCACAUGUUGAUGUAUUUGUCACUAAGUCUCCCCAGUGUGCGUUUAGAGAGAAAGACAAGAACUGUGAUGGCAUCAGUAUUUUGCAUCAAAUACAUGGAUGCAGUGAGGCAUCAUGGGACAGUUGUUUUUUUUUUUUUUUUUUUUCGCUUUCUUUUUAGUUUGUUUCUAGGGUCAAAGGGAAGAGGGUGGGUUGUGUGUGUGUUGGUGUGUGUGCGUGUGUGCGCGCACGCUCAGUUUGCAUGAGAGAUACGUUUAGCUUCCAAGUGUACUUUAAUGAGCAAGUUUUUUCAUUUCUCACGCAGUCAAAUGGAAGUGACUUAGAAAUUGCUUACGUUAGCAUCUAAAAUGACGGUAAACCAGAGGGAUAAUGUAGACAUCUGCAGCCUUAAGAGAGAGUGAGUGAGUGUUUGUGUGUGCGUGCUUGUGUUGUGUAUGCAACCAUAGAUCAAGAAGUGUUACUAUGGUGACAGGGUUGCAAAGAAAGCCCUGGGUUUAAAGGGCACGUCAGCCACUCAGAAGAGACUUUACCUCUGAGUGGAUUUACUGUGGAUAAUCUAUCUGCAAGAACAUUACCUGGUGGACACACACACACUCGCACACUCAUCAGUCUGUUGUUAGCACAGGUGAUCCCGCAGCAAACAGUGAGACAUGUCAUGUAAACAAGCAGUUGUUCAUUUUGUUGGUUACUUUUUGUAAUUUACUCAUUAGAUGUAAAUCCAUAGCCAAGUCUUUUCAGAGUUUUGGAGCUGCGUACUAACAUGUAUCAUCUUCAUUCUCUCUUUUGUCUAUUUUCUGUCACUCUAGUUUUUUCACCCUAUGGGUAGGCUAUGUAAUUCUCUUCUCUUAGAAGCACAACUGUUACCAAAGUCAUAGCGACUGUGAUUUAUGAGGAUGUCGUACUUUGAGUAGUUUGAACAGUAGGGGCACACUUCACUGACAUUGUUUUUUCUGUUUAUGGAUGCUCAUCUUAUCAGUGACUUCAUUAUUAUACUUUUUUAUAUUUCAGAGCUAUUUGUGCAGGAGUUUGUGUAAGAAAGUGUUACUGUUGGCUGAAUACAUUUACUGACAGCAAGCUGAGCGUGUCUGUUGGUUGAGAGAAGUGGGUUGUUGAAAUACAGUUGAUGAAUUGCGCCCGGUAUACAGGCCCUUAUUCGCUUUCGGUCCCUGUAAUCCCUUUUCUUCAGUUUGGUUACUGUGGAGGGGUGUUUUUUUUUUUCCCCUUUUCAUUUGGGCGUGAGAUGGCGCCCUCUCCAGGUCUGCUGUGGCAUGAUAGCUACACUGCAGGACCCUUGAUAUUUCCAUUAAACGCAGACCUUCAUUUCUCAGGCUAUAGGAGGGGCAGCUCCAAAUGUAUGUAUGGUUUUCAUGAUGAUGCUGAGGUCGAUGAUGACUUUUAUGCUGGGGUGGGGGUGAUCCUGAAUGAAUGGAUGUGAUGAGACCUGCAGACCAGCAAACAUUUUUAAUCUCAACUAAAUAUAUGCAAAAAUUGGAGUUGGUAAAAAAACAUAAGACUUAAUGCUUGAUGUGUUUUGCAGCGUUAGAUUUGCUAAUAAAGUCUUGUUUAUUGAAAUACUACUAUGAUAUUCUAGCUAAGACGUGUCACUUUCUCACUGGCCUUGAUUUCACUGCGGCCUGACCUUUUAACUUUAACUCCAGUGAUUGUGGAAAAGGUUAUCAAUGCAUUGAAGAAAACAAACAAAAAAAACUUGUACUGUCUUGGACAAAUUCAGCACUCCCAAACAGUUAGAGGACACUGCAGUUGAACACUUUCUUGAUCCCUGGCAGCAGUUUCACAGUCGUGGCUAUGGUGCAGUGAAAAUGUGGCCUCUGUGUAGCGAGCUCCCUUGCGUGUUACUAUGUAUUCAUUAUGCUUUUUAUCAAGAGGACUAACUGACCUUACGGAUUGUCUGUCUUUAUAUGCAUAAACGGCCUCCUUUUAAUCUUUUCAAUGUCUGUCUAUUUACCCUUCUCAUAGUACUGGGAGCAGGCUGCUUUUUUUUUUAUUGGAUAUGUGCUCAACCUGUUGGCAUUAUAACUGUAUAAUAUAAUUUAUCAUUUGUACUAUUGUAACAUACUGUUCCUCUGUAUACCUUAUUAUUCUGUGUAAUGGGUUUUUGUAGGAAAAGUCACCACGGUAUUUUAACAGCAUCUAAACAUACAAAGGCAGCAGGCGGAUGAGGACAACUGUAGCUGCAUUGGUUCAAAAUAAAAUGUAUAUCACUUCAGCUC